AUGUCUGAAACUAUAGUAGAAAGCACAUCUAAUCAACCAUUAAUAACAACCAAUGAUAUUGAUAUACAUAUUGAAGAAAAAAAUUCUUUAUCAGAUCCAAUUGAUAUCAAGAUACCAUUUGAAUCAUCACCAUCAAAUGUAUCGAAAAAACAAAAAUCAUUAGUUUCAGUUUAUGAUAAUUCUAAUGAUGGUGAACAACAACAACAACAACAACAAAUCAAUCAAAAUUCUCUUCCAUUAGUGGGUAUUCUUGGUCGAAAUCAACGUUCACAAGCAUUUACAAAACGUCUUCUAUUAUCAGGUUUUCCUAAACCAAUUUUAUGUGAUAUAAAUUCAAAUGAAAUAGAUUUAAAUGAAAAAUCUAAUUAUGUAUCAUAUGAAACAUUUUAUCAACGAUCACCAUCAAUUAUUCUUAUCACAGAUAAUUUAAUAAAUAAUUUCGAUCAUUUAUUAAAUCAUAAUAAACAACAAAUUUUAAUCGAUGCACGAGAAUUAAUUUUUAAAUAUAAUUCAAGAGUUUCCUCACCAAUGUUAUUACCUAUACCUGAAACAUAUCGAGCUUUUGGUAAUUUAUCAAAUUGGGAAAUUGAACAUGGUACGGAUCGUGUUCCAGUUGCUGUUGAACAAUUAUCACCCAUAAAUUUAAUAAAAUUUAUUUCUCAAUUAAAUUGUUUUUCUCGUGGUAUUUAUUUUCUUGAUCAAUAUACAUAUAACAAUAAUCAGCGAAUAAAAUCAUUUCAAAAUUGUUUAUUUCCAUUUAUAUUAACAAUGAUUAUAUUUAGUUUAUGUUUUAUUAUAUCAAUGAUUGAAUAUAAUAAUGAUAAAAAUUCUUAUCAUGAAUAUUUUAUUUAUCGUCAAGCAAGUUCAAUAACAGCAGCAACAAGUUUAACAUUACUUUCAGUAUUACUUUUAAUAAGACCAAUGAUUGAAAUCAUUGAAUUUAUUUUAACAAAACAAAAUAAUAAAAUUUUAGUUGAAAAUGUUUUUACACAUUUUCUAUUUAUUCAACGUUGGUUAAAAUCAAGACGAUAUUUAGCAUGGUAUUCAUUAUCAUUUGCUUUAUUACAUUUAAUUUUUUUAUUAUUUUCAAAAAAUGAUCUUAGACAAAAACUAAUGUUCUAUCCUGUUCUUUUUGGUUUAUUUACUUUAGUACUUUUAUCUAUUUUAUCAUUUGUUUAUUUUCCAUGGAUAAGUGAACGUCUUUUAUGGCAUGAAUAUCGUUUAUUAACAUCUUAUCUCGGACCAUUUUGUCUUUUAAUUGCUUUUAUACAUGUUUUUAUUCAUUGGAAAUAUGAAUAUUAUUAUUUAUAUGUGAAAGAUUUAUAUCAUUUAAAAUUUCUUUCAAUGAUUUUACCAUUUUUUGUAUUAUUAUUACGUUUUAUUAUAUAUGGAAUUAUUUAUCCAACAGUUAAAUGGAUUGAAAAUCGACAAAAACAUAACAAAACAACAAUAAAAAAUACAGUACAUUUACCAUAA